AUGAUGUUUGGACAGGACACAGUCAUGAAAUGCUUUUCUGGCUCUGGCUUGAAGGACUCUGCAGCCGAGCUUCCCAAGACAGACUCCGUGGCACGAAGUAUUGAUACCACUCACAGCACCACAGAGACCCCCUCUACACAGGAAGACAUCCACACGCCACAUGCCAUACCACCGAGCCCCUCCAGUCCUGCCUCAUCACACACUCUAUCCGCCGGAUCUUCUGACCACGACGGACACGAUCGCACCGCAGCUCCCAAAAGCGGACCCAGCAGCAUAAAACCCAUCCACAUCAACGGCACCAUCACCCACGACUACGCAAUCCUCGAAUUCAGCUACUACAUGUCUCCCGGUAUGAAGAAACGUAAUCAAGCCUGGGAGACACAGGAAGUUGCCGUCCUGCUCGAUGCGCGAGUGGAUGAUCUUAGAGAAGUCUGCGCGGAUGAAUGCAGAGCGACGCGGAGACGGAAUCAUGGGUUCAUGUUGGAGUUGAAGGGGGAGGGCGAGGGCGUACAUAUGAAAGCUUCAAUCGAGUUUUAUGAUGAGAGGGAUUUGUAUGCUAAUCCGAAUGGGGAGGGGAGGUAUCGGGUUGAGAGGGUUAGGGAUUUGUUUACUGCGGAUGAAGUGGAGCUCGAAAACUCACCCACCCCCUUCGAAAUCCCCAUCGCAGUCGAAGUCGCCCUCCUAUCCGAAUCUCACCCAAUGACCCUCUCCCGCCCGUCCCAAUACACCUACCUCCGUCUCGGCGGCCGCAAGCUCGCCGAUCCCCAUGCCUCACCGCACCAAGCCCUCGUAGAAGGGCUCUACCUCCGCCACGGCCACGACCCUCUUCGCAGCCCAGCCUACCUCUGGGCCCCGGAACGUGUCAUCAACGGCGUCAAGAUAGGCUCCCUCGCAGUUCCAGUCCUGCCUGGCGGCGAGCCUGGCAAGGAGGAGUUGGAGGUUAUGGAUCCUGUUCUGCGGACGGAGGUUCUUAGGGAUAUGCGAAAUCCUCGGAUGUCCCCUUCGGUCGGUGUGGCGAAGAAGAUGGAGAAGUCGAUGACGACGGGGACUGUCCCGGUUCUUCCAAGUAUGACUUUCACCACCCACAACCCCCCAGCCACCAUCAUCAACGACUCCAGCCCAACCUACCUCGCCAUCCGCCUCCUCAACCACCUCCAAACCCUAGACCUCGCCCACAUCCCCCUACCGUCAAACCUCCUCAUGACCCUCACCGGCCCCUCUCACGGCAAGAAAAUGCUCAACGCCAUGACUUCCGCCCUCUCGGAUUACCUCCCCUCCACCGCGCCGGAGCUGUUCAAGUCCGGGGCGCAUUGGGAUAUCAGAUGGUGGGUCUUGCCACAGGUUUCUAGUGGAGGUGAAGGGAAGGUGGGAAAGUUGUGUAGGUUUGAGGGUGGGAGUAUUGAGAGGUUUUUGGAUGUGGGGAUGGUGGAGAGGGGGAGGAGGGAGGUGUAUGUAUGUUGA